AUGUACCUCAAUGUACCAAGCAGUCUCCCCUGCAAUAGUAGUGCCUUGAAGGAUUUGACCGCCACCAACCUGGCUGAGUUGCUGGAGCGACACGGGAUUGCCAAUAUCAGGAGACAGAUCAAUAAAUGCUUCAGCCACGGCUCUCAGAAAAGCCAGUUUGGCAAUGUGACGGCUGCCUCCUCCCUGCGGCUGAUGAUGAGCGGGACCGCCGCCGCCGCCGCCGCCGCCCUGAGCGUGGGGAGGAACAGGAGCGUGCUGGUCAGGAUUCGGGUUGGGGUUGGGGUUGGGAUUGGGGUUGGUAUUAUCGAGGAAAUUUUGUCGAUCGGCUUCGGGCAAAUGGGCAAAACCGGCCGUGGUAUUGAGGUGGCUCUCCAUGGAAUCUGGAUUUGCAUUUUAGGUCUGACCUGGACAUCAAAUCGAGACGCUGUUCGGCACACCUCUCAACGUCACACCAGGUUCCGAAAACGGCUUCAAGAGCGUGUACGGCACCACGCCAGCCCCAGUCCGAUUCAUCAACCUCGUAUCCGCAUUCCUACCGUCGAUAAUCCCUUCAAUCUCUUUCAUCCGCCCGUUAAACCUCUUAAAAGCCGCGGCUAUCACUUUAUCCUCCGCCCAAAACGGCUCGAUUUUCUCCCCGAGAUACUCCUCAUCGGGCGAAUGUGCAGACACAACGUCCAGAACAGCCAGCACGUUCAUCGCCUGCAUUUGCGAAGGAAGGCAAUCCAAAAGAAAUGCCUCGGGCCUUUCUAG